AAAAAAUUGAAAACCCAACCCCAAAACCAAAAGGCAAAAGCCCCAAAGCGAGAGAGUCAUGGAACUCAAUUCAAAAUGAGGGAUUUGUUGUAUAUGCCCUUUCUUUAGAAGAAAGAAAAGACCAAUAACAACUCCACAACCCCUGUCUUUUAUCUCUCUGCUGUCUCCAGAUCUACCCUUCCUCAGCUUUCUCACAAAUCUCAAUUCAAUCCUUCCAGUGAUGGGGGUUUUCAGCUAUUGAUAGAUCUUAGACAAAACGGUUAUCAAAAUCUCAGCAUAAAGAUUCAAGAUUAAUGGUGUCUGCAUCAAUCAAUGUGUAUCUAAUUUUUGGAAAUUGUGAUGUGGGUUUUGGAGUUGAAAAGAGUAUAGAAUUGGAAUUAGGAUUUGAUAUUGUUUUUGAGACUGAUUUCAAUAGAUCAAUUGCUGGGUCAUUUGGGUGAGAAUAUGUGAGUUAUGGUAUCUAAUUCACUGAUGAGGAUUGUGGCACCAUGUUGGAGGCCUUCCAUAGAAGGUGAAAAUUCUGGUAGAGGGGAUGUUGCAGGCCGGGUUGAUGGUUUAUUGUGGUAUAAAGAUUCAGGGCGCCAUGUUAAUGGGGACUUUUCUAUGGCAGUAAUUCAAGCUAAUAAUGUAUUGGAAGAUCAUAGCAGACUUGAUUCGGGGCCGCUGAGCUCACUUGAUUCAGGUCCACAAGGAACAUUUGUUGGAAUUUAUGAUGGCCAUGGAGGUCCUGAAGCUUCCCGGUUUGUCAACAGUAGACUAUUUGACAAUCUUAAGACUAUUCAUGGUGCAGAAUUCACAUCAGAGAAUCAGGGAAUGUCAGAAGAUGUUAUCACCAAAGCAUUUUUGGCGACAGAGGACGAAUUCCUCUCUCUUGUAAAGAAGCAGUGGCUAAGUAAGCCACAAAUUGCUUCUGCGGGUUCAUGUUGUUUAGUUGGUAUAAUAUGUAGUGGACUGCUUUACAUUGCAAAUGCAGGAGACUCUCGAGUGGUGUUAGGAAGAUUGGAGAAAGCCUUCAGUGAGGUAAAAGCCGUUCAGUUAUCUUCUGAGCACAAUGCAAAUUUUGAAUCUGUGAGAGAGGAGUUGCGCAUGUUGCAUCCUGAUGAUCCACAGAUAGUGGUUUUAAAGCACAAGGUUUGGCGUGUGAAGGGUAUAAUACAGGUUUCAAGAUCCAUAGGUGAUGCUUACCUGAAGAAUGCUGAAUUCAACAGAGAGCCUCUAUUGCCAAAGUUUAGACUGGAUGAGCCCUUCCACAAGCCAAUCCUUAAAGCUGAGCCAUCGGUUCUAGUGCAGAGACUUCACCCUGAAGACCAGUUUCUUAUAUUUGCAUCUGAUGGGCUAUGGGAGAACCUUAGUAAUCAGGAGGCAGUUGACAUUGUCAACAACAGUCCACGUAAUGGGAUUGCAAGGAAACUUGUCAAAGCUGCAUUACAGGAAGCGGCAAAGAAAAGGGAGAUGAGAUACUCAGACCUGAAAAAGAUCGAGCGAGGUGUGAGGAGACAUUUUCACGAUGAUAUCACUGUUGUUGUAUUGUUUCUUGACUACAGUCUGAUCAGUCGCAACUCCAAUCGUGGACCUUCACUUUCAAUCAUAGCAGGGGGAGGUGUCUUUGCAAAUGGCAGCACCUAGUUGUAGAGGUUCUAAAUAUCUUCUCCUUGAACCUUGUUCCAUCAAUUUGUCCUUAUUUUUUUCCCUCAAAACAAGAACGUAAAAUGUUUGUAUGUAUAGCUAUGCUGCUUACGCUCCACAAACCCUUUUCUAUAAUUCAAUGAAGAUCUUCUUAGAGGGUAGAGUGGAUCAUCAAACAGCUGAAUACCUUGAAAAAAAUUAUGUAAAAACUAUCUGGGAAUCAGCUCAUACAAAAAUUGGAAAUCUACCUGUUGAAACA